UAAGAUAGUUAGUUAAUGCAUAAUGAAGUUAGAUAUUUCAUGAAUGAAGAAGAAUACGUAUAUCUUGGUGUCCCUUUGAUGUGUUACGAGUCAUGACAUGAAAUAACAACAAACAAGACAAGGAUGUGUGCACCCACAGAAAAGUUAGAGAAGCAUGGUCCCUUCAACCUUACAUAAUACUUAUUAUCAAUUAACUAAACAUUUCUUCAUUAAUUAAACAUUUUUCAUCAACUGUUAAAUUAAUUAAAAGCAUGUAACCAUUUGACUUUUUUGGCCUUCCUUUCACUUAUUGAAAGUUUCUUUCAUCAUAUUAUAAACUUUAAGUAAAGAGAAACAUUAAAUAUCAAAAUUCUUUUUGGCAAAUUUCUCUCUCUUCUCUUUUGCACUUUCCUCUUCCUUGUGAUUUUCAUUUGCAGCAAAGAGAGAAGAUGAGAGAGAUAAUAAGCAUUCAUAUUGGACAAGCUGGAAUUCAAUUAGGGAAUUCAUGUUGGGAGCUAUAUUGCCUUGAACAUGGAAUUCAGCCUGAUGGCUUGAUGCCUAGUGAUACCUCACCUGGUGUAGCACGCGAUGCUUUCAACACCUUCUUCAGCGAGACCGGGUCCGGAAAGCACGUGCCAAGAGCCUUAUUUGUUGAUCUAGAACCUACGGUUAUUGAUGAAGUAAGAACUGGUACUUACAGACAACUUUUUCACCCUGAGCAAUUGAUUUCAGGCAAGGAAGAUGCUGCUAAUAAUUUUGCAAGGGGACACUAUACUGUUGGAAGAGAAAUCGUUGAACUAUGCAUCGAUCGUAUCAGAAAAUUAACCGACAGUUGCACUGGAUUACAAGGAUUUUUGGUUUUCAAUGCUGUUGGUGGUGGUACUGGUUCUGGUUUGGGAUCAUUGCUUUUGGAAAGAUUGUCUGUAGAUUAUGGCAAAAAGUCUAAACUUGGCUUUACCAUCUAUCCUUCUCCUCAGGUAUCUACUGCAGUUGUUGAACCUUACAACAGUGUUCUUUCCACACAUUCUCUUCUUGAGCACACUGAUGUGGUUGUACUUUUGGACAAUGAAGCAAUAUAUGAUAUAUGUAGAAAAUCGUUAGAUAUAGAAAGGCCAACAUACACCAACUUGAAUCGUUUGAUUUCUCAAACUAUCUCUUCCUUGACAACUUCGCUGAGAUUUGACGGCGCGAUUAACGUGGACAUCACUGAGUUCCAGACUAACCUGGUUCCAUAUCCUCGUAUCCAUUUCAUGCUUUCAUCUUACGCUCCUGUGAUAUCCUCUGCGAAGGCCUACCAUGAACAGAUAUCAGUUCCGGAGAUCACUAACGCGGUUUUCGAGCCAUCGAGUAUGAUGGCUAAGUGUGAUCCUAGACAUGGAAAGUACAUGGCGUGUUGUUUGAUGUAUCGUGGUGAUGUUGUGCCUAAAGAUGUAAAUGCAGCUGUUUCAAAUAUCAAAACUAAGAGAACAAUUCAGUUUGUUGACUGGUGUCCUACUGGUUUCAAGUGUGGUAUAAACUACCAGCCUCCAACAGUGGUACCAGGAGGCGAUCUAGCCAAGGUGAUGCGUGCAGUUUGCAUGAUAAGCAACAACACAGCUGUUGCUGAGGUUUUCUCUCGCAUCGAUCAUAAAUUCGAUCUCAUGUAUGCUAAGAGGGCAUUUGUACAUUGGUAUGUUGGUGAAGGAAUGGAAGAAGGUGAAUUUUCAGAAGCCAGAGAGGAUCUUGCUGCUCUUGAAAAAGACUAUGAAGAAGUUGGAGCAGAAGGUGAAGUUGGUGAUGAUGAUGACGCUGAUGAAUACUGAAAUCUAUCAUCAUCAGUUCUUCAUCAUUAGCUAUCUACAGCUCCCUUCUUUUUUCUGUCUUAUGUUAUCUCUGGCUGUGUAAUAAUGAAUAUAGUCCUUCUUCAUUAUUUUUUAGCAUCUUUCUGUUGUGUGCUAGAUUUGUCCUUGUGAAUGUUUCAAGUUAAAAAUGUUGAGACAAUUUUUUUCAUCGUGAAUUUUAUUGUUAUUUUUGAAUCA